AUGCGAUGCAUGUACUAUGGACACGAGCCUGACGUGCCGACGUGCAAGGACGAGCGCGAGGAGCUGUACGGCGCCCUCAAGCACGAGACGGUGGCCCUGCGCUGCGAGGUGGACGCCAACCCGCCGCUGGUCACCUUCCACUGGACCUUCAACAACUCGGGCGACCUCACCGAGGUGCCCGCCACGCGCUACACGAGCUCCGGGGAGGUGUCGCGCCUCAACUACACGCCCGUGUCCGACAUGGACUACGGCACGCUGGCGUGCUGGGGCUCCAACGUGAUAUCAAACACUACUAGUCAUCAUCUCUCUUUGAAGGGAGUAAACGUUACACUUGCGGUCUUCUGUUUUGAUCCUUGGUACUUAAUUGUCGAGAUAGGACCUAUUUUGGCAUACAGUCACUGGCAGUUCGGACUCCAUUUCGAAGAGUGUAAUGAUGAAUAUCAACAAUUGAAAAUUCCAUUUCGUUUCUCUCAAUCAUCUCUUCUGAUCGCUGAUCCCUUUUCUGUUGGUUGACGGCCGUUCCCGCUGGUCAACUGCUCGGUGGUGAACCAGACGUCCGACUCCCUGCACGUGGAGUGCCUGGAGAGCUUCGACGGCGGCCUGCCGCAGAGCUUCCUCAUGGAGCUGCUGGAGCUGCCGUCGCUGCGGCUGCGCUACAACGUGACGGUGGCCCGCGCGCCGCCCGUCUUCGACGUGUACGGCAUCGAGACCGGCUCGCGCUACCAGGUGCACCUGUACGCCGUCAACGCCAAGGGCCGCAGCGAGCCGGCCGUCAUCGAGGCCCUAUUGGAAAAGGAAUAUUAG